CUGAAUAUGAACCACUAUGCCAACAAGAAGAGUGCAGCAGAGAGCAUGCUCGACGUAGCAUUGUUAAUGGCUAAUGCCUCUCAGCUAAAGGCAGUGCUGGAGCAGGGCCCACAGUUCACCUUCUACACUCCCCUUAUUACUCUCAUCAGCCUGUCACUAUGUCUGCAAAUAGUGGUGGGUGUGUUGCUCAUCUUUAUAGUGAAGUGGAAUCUCAAUGAUGAAGAGCAACACCGCCAGCUAAACAUCAUGGAGAAUAUUGCCACAGGCUGUGUCUUCUUCAUUGUGGUAAUCAAUGUCUUCAUCACAGCAUUUGGGGUUCAACGGCCUAACCAGAAUUAA